GCAACAUGGCGGGGAUUGAAAGUUUUAGGCCACCUGAUUUGAACAACAUUCUUGAACAGCAAGAAUUAAAUCAGUUGUCUGUUGUUAUUAGGGAGAAAAUUCAAAAUGUCUUUAAUUCUAGAACAGUGCAGUUUGAGGAACUAAAGGUUAAACACGAAAGACUGUCAGUAGCGUCAGAACAAAGACAAUUGGAUGUUGAGAGUCAGUUGGCAGAAAUUCAGAAUAAAGUUGAAAGGCUUACAGAGGAAAAUGCUCAAUUAAAGAAGGACUCUGCAGAAACAGAUGAGAAAUUUAAGGCUGCGUCAGAAAAGCUAAAAUCAAUUCAGGAUGGUGAAAGCUCAUCUCUAACUACCCAGCUUCGUUUGACAAGAGCAAAUGAAGCUUUGGAAUCAGAAAAAAGAGAUCUGACAGUUUUGUUGGAAAAAAGAAGCAAAGAAAUUGAGAGACUAAAUGAGGAGUGGAAUGGUCUGUCUGACAAACUUGCCCACGCCAACAGAGAGAAGUGUGAGGCCCAGGCUCAGGUCGCUGAGUUCCAGAGCCAGAUUGUGACAUCACAGUUUACACAGAAAAGAUUGACAGAGGAGAAGGAAGUUUUACAGAGGCAGAUUGACCUGUUGAACAAAGAUCUCAGUGACAAAACACAACAGUUAUUCAAUGUCAGAAAAGAACAGUCUUCCAGGAAUUUAGAUCUUCAGAGUCGCCUAGAGGAACAAACAGAUGAAAAUGAACAUCUACAGAACACCUUAGAAGCACUGAGGAAAACUAAUUCAGAACAAGUCAAGAAGAUUGAUCAGUACAUUGAGAAACUCCAUGAGGCUCAUAACAACCAGGUUCAGGCUGAUGAGCAGUUUAGACAGGAACUGGAGGCCAAUCAGAAACUGUCUGAUCUCUACAAGGGCCAGGCCACAGACCUGGAGGAGAAAUGUAAGGAGUUGAUGAGGGCAGUGGAGGAGCUGAGGGGGCUCCUCAAGGAGGCAUCCUCCUCCUACACAGAACUCCGCAGCCAACACCAGUCUGAUGUGGAGCGCCUCAAUGUGGAACUGGUGGAUAGAGACAACCAGCUUCAGAAUUUGAGAAAAGAGUUGGAGAAUGCCAAUGAAUUAAUAGAAGAAAUUAAAAAGAAAGCCUCCACCAGUGAACAUGUUGAGACUCUGUUUCCUCAUGCAGCUGCCACUAGUAAACUGGUGAAUUCUGGGAUGUCCCUCACCCAGAUUUACAAUGAGUACAUGCUGGCCUCAGAAAAUCUUUAUUUGGAGAAGGAAGAAACUAAGAGACUAAGCAAUUAUAUUGAUACAAUACUUCAGGAGAUAGAGGAGAAGGCACCGCUGAUCCGCAAGCAACGGGAGGAUUAUGAACAGUCUCUAGAGACUAUAGAACAGAUGAAUAAACAGCUGGAUGCUGCGUUACUGGAGAGUCAGAAGAUGAGGAUUGAGGCAGACCAGGCCAACAGAAACUACAACUACAUGAAGCGAGAGAACGAGAAACUGCAGCAGGAGACGGAGGACCUCUCAAAACAGGUGCAGUAUCUAGUCAAAGAGAUGGAGGAAGUGAAGAGUGGGCGACUUGUACGGGAGGAGGACAUCUCCUGUGAUAACAUCUCCAGCACGUCUGCAGAGGUCAUAUCAGGCCAUCUUGUCACUUUCAGGGAUAUUCAAGACUUACAGAGGCGGAACCAGACAUUAUUGCAGGUGGUACGAGAUCUCAGUGAGAAGAAAGAGGAGGAGGAAAGUAUGGCUGCUGAGGAAAAGAGCAAAGAUCUGAAGGAGCAGUUGGAGCGAGCAUUGAAUGAGAUGCAGGAACUGAGGUCUGCCAGGGACAGACAAGCUGCCAUGGUUGAAUCCAUUGUGGGACAGAGGGACUAUUACCGCAGUCUACUGCAACAAAAGGAAGAUGGAAUGGGUCAGACACUUGAAAUGAUGUCAGUGGUUGGUACCCCCCUGAAGAGCCCCAUGGCAAGAAGUCCACUAAAGAGUCCAGCUCCUGAUAAAGCUUUGGAAGAGGUCAAGUUUGCAUUCAAACAAUGUCAGGAAGAGUUUGAUAGAUACCGAACAGAGAUGAAGGAGCAAGUCAGAAUGCUGAAUGAAGACAUGAGGGAGAAGGAGUCCAAAAUUUCUGAAAUGUUGAGACAGAACCUGAAGUUAUCAUCUCAGCUGGAAUAUGGAGCCGAGAAGAACAAGAUUUUACAGGGGAAUGCUGAGGGUUACAAGAAGGAGCUGGCUUCCCUGAGGGAGAAAGAGAAGAAGCUGUUUACAUCUGUGGCCAAGCAUGAGCAAACAAUCAACACUCUAAGACAGGACUUUCUGUCCACUCAAGAGAAGCUGUCUCGGGCAGAGGCCCAGUGUCAUCAUCUCAACACGGAGAAGGAAUUACUCCGCAGCUCGGAACAGAGACUGAUGCUGGAUAUUGACAAUCUCCGCAGGGAGAAGACCUCACAGAGCAUGCUGAUGGCAAACCUCCAGUCCAUUCAGAACACCUUGGAACAUUCUGAGAGGGAGGUGAAGACGAGGUACAUGAACCAGAUAGAGAGGCUGGAACUGGAUCUUAACACGGCCAGGAGAAAUCUGACCGCAGCUCAAGACGAACACAAGGCCGUCAUACAGCUGUGGGAGAAACAAACACAACAGCUGCGUCAGCAGCUGGAAGGGGAGAUAAAAAAUCAUGAAAGUGUCAAGAAAGUUCUCCAAGAAACUCGUCAACAGCUGGAGGGCACAAAGGAGCAGUUGAAAACUACUGAGGUUAAUCUAGCUGAAGCACAGAAAAGAGCAGGUGGUGGAAUAAUGCGAUCAGCACCAGUUGCUUCCCCUGCUCGGGAUUCAGCAGCCAAUGCAGAGGAAGUGAAGACACUCAAAUAUCAGAUUACAGAGGCCAAGAGAGAAAUACCGAAUCUGAAGGAACAACUUGAGAGAAGUAAACAGCAUGUAACAGAGUACCAAACUAUGGCUGACAACUUGCAAAAGGCCUUGUCUGAGCAAUCAGAGUGCACAAAACAGUUUGAGGAACAGUUGAAGAAGGAGAGAGAAGAAAAGGAGUCGGCUCUCAACAGACUGAAGUCUAUAGGGGAAGAACAUCAGAAACAGGUGGAAGAUAUGAUGAAGGGGCUGGAUGAGCAGCAUAAACUGAACAGUGACCUGCGUAAACAGCUGGCCCGCCUCCAGCAGGAGUUGGAGGAGGCGGUGUCUACUCGAGACUCCGCCCUGGCUCAGGCGGCAACUACACGGGAGGAGUGUAGUCAGCAGGUCCAGAUGGCCAGCGAGGCAAAAGACAAGUACCAAAGAGAGCUCAUGCUUCAUGCAGCUGAUGUGGAGGCCUUAGGAGCCAUCAAAAAACAGCUUGAAGAAUUCCAUUCUAAAUUUUCAACUGAGCACGAAAUUAGAAUAAAAGCAGAGAAAGAUUUGGAAGAUGCAAAGAAUUCAUGGGGAGAACAAGAGAAGAUCCUGAAGCAGGAGUGUGAGAGGUUUGAACAGAGGUGUGAGGAGCUCACCAGUCAGAACAAUAUUCUCCAUCAGCAAAUGGAAAAGAUGAGCCAUGACGUGAUGACCAUACAGCGGGCUGUGACACGGUCGGGCUCCCCCAACAAACUGGCUGAUGUCUCCUUCGAUGAAGACACGGCCAGGUCCUCGGAGCAGCUACAGGAAGUCAUCAGGUUUUUACGUAAAGAGAAGGAAAUAGCCCAGUCCAAGUUGGAGAUUGUUCAGACGGAGUGUAACAAUGUGAAGCAUCGAUACGAGAGACAGCAGAAGGAGCUGGAGGAAGUGAGGCGGACCCUGACGGAGCAGCAGGUCAAGGCACAGGCCAAUGUACAGACUGCAGCUCAACAUGCAGACUUGAUGAGGAAAGUGGAGAACCUGAACGUCUUGACUGACAGCAACAAGCUGCUGAGAGAGGACAAGAAUCGCUUAGAGCAGCUUGUCACAGAGCUAGAGGCAAAGGUUUCAACACUAGAGCAAAAUAUAAAUCCCCUACAAUCGUCAAUAAGAGAUUUAACAGCUGAAAAAGAGGCUGUAGUCAUUGAGAGGGAUUCCCUGAAAAAUGAGGUGGACCGGUGGAAGAGUCGGGCCAAUCACCUGAUAGAGCAGGCCAAUAGAACAGAUCCCGAUGAACAGAAGAAAAUCAUUCAAGAAAGAGAUGCUUUGAAAGUGAGAGUGAAAAUUUUAUUGAUUGAUUCCAUGAAACACAGUGAAGAAAAGGCAAAAUUGAUCAGAGAUCUUAAAAUAGCCAAUGAUGAGCAGAUGCGAGGAAAAAAAUUAUUACAAGAUGUGAACAAUUCCAGACAAGAACUGAAUGGCCAAAUCAACAGUCUACAGCAGGAACUUGGUCAAGCAAGAAACAAUAUUACUGUCAAAGAGAAGGAAAUUUUUCAGUUGAAGAAUUCUUUGAGUGAGAAAGAAAAUGAAUUGACUCAAGUCAAAACUAGAGUGUCUGAACUCGAAUCUGUGACUCAGAAGUUGAAGGAAGAGGUGGAUGAAUUAACCAAAGGAAGUGAGGAGAAAAUUAAGACAAUUAACCAGUUAAAAAAGAUUGGACGAAAAUACAAAGAACAAGCAGAAGGCUUUAACAAGCAGUUAGAGGAGCUCAAGGCUAAAAGUGAGACAGAGGUGGCCCCUCAAGAAGGAGCCACACCUGCUCAAGUGGAGGUGGAGCAGCAAGUGGCGACCAUCAAAGAGCAGAUGAUCCAGAUAGAGCAGGAGAGGGACAACCUCAAACAAAAGUUGGAUGCUCAGAGUGAGGAGUUUGGUGGGACCAAGACCCAGCUCAUCCAGAUACAACAGGAAAAUACCCAAUUAAAAUCGGAGGUGGACCAGCUGAAAAAUAAGAAUAUCGAGCAUGAACAGAAACAGACUCAGUCCAAGAAUGUUCUGCAAGCUGCGAAGAAAAAACUGAGCUCUCAGAAUGAGGAGAUCAACAAACUUAACACAGAGAACACAGAACUCAAACAGAAGCUGAGCUCCUCAGAGCAGCCCACUGGAGCUUCAGAGGAGGCUGAGUCAAGAAUGGCAGCCAUGGAAUCAUCGUUUGAGAACAGAAUCAGUAACUUGACAAAGGAGGUCAAUGAUAAUGCCCAACAAGUGAAGAAUUUAUUAGAAGAGGUGGCUGAAAAAACCAAACUGGUGGAGCAACUGACAACAGAGAAGGCAGAGUUACAGGAGAAGAUAAUCACCAUGCAGAAACAGAUAGAUGCCCAGCCCAAGCCUGUGGCCCCUCAGCCCCAAACAGCCCGCCAGGCAGCCAAUGUCAACGCCGAGAGAGCCCGGCCAGUUGACAGAUCAAAUGCCCCUGUCACAGAGUCGCCUAAAACUGCCAACAUCAGACCUAUGUCAACCUCUCCAGCGGCUGUUAGACCCCAGGCCCCGCCCUCCCAGUCACAGAUGGCAGGGUCAAGGGUCAUCGCCAACAUCCGUCCAAUGGCCAUAGCACCGACCAGCAUAUCUCCCUUGGCUGUCACCGUGCCCACUCCUACAGCCACUGUCAUGCCUACAACAGUCUCUCAGCAUGAGAACACUGACACCAAUGAGGUCACUCAAGCCCAGUUGUCUCCAGUGAUGACAUCACGACCCACCCAGCAGGUACAGAGAGUCACCCCUCAGGUGGAAGCUACAGCAGAUUCUUCUACAUCCUCUGGUGGAUUAAUUAUCCAUGAAGUUCCAAGUAUUCAAGAACAAACAGUGACACAGUCUGAAGUAGAAGCACCUGCAGCAUCUGUUGCUAGUGACAACGUUGACAGCCAAUCAACAUUAGCAACAGUAGCUCCGACUACUUCCUCUUCCAAUGUAACAAGGGAGGUAAAUCCUGUGACAACAGUCAUGUCAGGAGCCAGAGAAAGCACCACUGUAUCUUCAGUAAGGGAGGGACAGUCACUUGGGAAGAGAACUCGUGAAGAGGCUGAGGGCCAAGGAGAAGAGGUAGAAGCCAAGAGAAGCAAAGUUUCCACAGCCCAGGGUUCACCUAUUCCUGCAAUAACAGUAACAGAUGAACAUGCCAACACUCUAACAGUCACAGAGGAACAAACAACCCAGGAGAUGGAGAGAGAGAAUACAGAGAACCAAGCUCAGAUCACAGCAGAGGAGCCAGAGGUCUCAGUAGCCCCAUCAGAGUCCACUGAUUCAGUAGAAGUGGGAGAGGAAUCACAAGCACUGUCUGAAUCUCAGGGUCAACAGGUACAGAUACAUAAUGUUGACGAGUUACAAGAAGGAGAAGAGGAGGAGGGAGAGGAAGAAGAAGAGGAGGAGGAGGAAGAAGAGGAGGAGGAGGAAGAGGAAGUACAAGCAGAGGAAGAUGAUGGAGAUGAUGCAAUCAUUAUUUUGGAGAGUGAUGAUGAAGAGGAGAAAGAAGAGGAAGAAGAAGAUGAAGAUGAUGUAGAUGAAGAAGAGGAAGAUGAGGAUGAAGAGGAAAUGGCAGAAGAGGAAGAUUUUAAUGAAGAUGAAGAAAUGGAGGGAGACUACACAGAAUCUCAACUGGAGGAAAUCCAGGCCCAGACCCAGACAGAGGAUGAUGAUGAUGAUGAUGAUGUCAUACAAUUGGAUGAUGACUCCAACGACCGACCAAUGGAAUCGCAAGUUGAGGUACCGGCGACUCAGCCCCCUCCCUCCUCCACCCCAUCAGUCCUGUUUGGCCAGAGAGUCCCAUUCUCUGUAGAGAGACAAACCUCUUUGAACAGACAAUUGGCACCUUUUAUUCUUGGUGGUCAGACUGGAACGUUUGAGGAGGGUGAGGAUGGCAUUGUCCCCAGCACCCCUACACUGUUUGUCCCUAACCGAGGAGAUGGGUACGCCGAGGUGGUCAGCUCACCAAGAAUUUCCAAUCAGCGGUUUACAUUUGGAGCACUCAGUGAGUCCUCAUUAGCCCAGCCAGAACUUGGAGAGCUAGCUUCCCAAGGAGCCUUGGGUGGCAUGGAGAGUACCAGUAUGGACUUGUCCCAGCUAGAUGAGGGAACAGGUCGCAGUGUGCCCAGCACCCCUCUCAGGACGACUGCUCCAGUCACCAUCAGUGAGGCAGCCAUAGCAUCGGCCCUCAAUCCCCAGACAACCACUGCCAGCUCUGCUGGGGACCCGAUAGAACUAACCCCGGCACAGGUGGAGGCAGAGGGGGUGGAGGGUCAGGAAGAGGGGGUGAUAGAGGAAGGAGGUGAGGAGCAAGAAGAUGCUGAUUUAACAGAGUUAACUGAGACCUCAGAGCCUGAGGCAGGGUCUUCUCAGGAGGAAACCGCAGAACAAGAAAAAGAUAGUGCAAGUGCACCAAAGGAAGAGGAAGCUAGCACCUCCCAGGACAAGACAGAGAACACUGUCAAAUCAUUUAGAAAGAGAGCACAGAAGCCCAAGAUCCAGCCCAUUGUAUGGGAGGGGUCCUCUCCCUCUACCACCCAACAGCCACGGCCACGCCCCAUCAACACAAGGGGGACCGCACCGAGGGGCCAGCUACAGAAUAGGGGCACCCGAGGGGGAACUUUCCAAAGAGCACGAGGUCAAAUGCAAAGAGGCAGAGGUGCUAGUAGGGGUGCCAGAGGGGGUGCUUACAGAUCCCCAAAUAUGUAUUGAUGAUCAAUGGGCCAUAUAAGUGACUUGUUCUUGGUCUUAGGAGAAUUUUCCUAUGAUAAAUGUUCUUUGAUUAGUUGGACAAUAUAAUUGUUAAAGAAUUUGGAAGGUCACAAACUGAAUUCUCAGUUGUUUUUGUGGAUACAUUAAAAAUAGUGAAAGUUAUGGAACUCAAAUUCAUUGAAUCAUGCCAUACAUUGUUAAUGACUGCAGUGAAGAAUACUGGAAGCUUUCAUGGAAAAGAAAUGUGUAUGGUUUACGAGUAGAGAAUUGUUGGAAGUCUGCAUACAUGAAUGUUAGAAUAUAUAUGUGUUCAGUGCAAAUGUUGGUGCCUGUAUCGUAUUUGAUGUAUACUGAAUGGUGUUAUUAAUAAAUUUUAAGUGCUGUA